AUGAACGGUCGUUUUUGGAAGAGUACGCGGACAACUCCUCUCCUUUGGGAGUUUUUGCUCAGUCUUUUGCAAGACGUUGAAUGCAGAGAAUUUAUAAAGUGGAUAGACGAAUCUGCGAAGACUUUUAAAAUUGUUAAUUCCUAUCAAGUUGCAACGUUAUGGGGUGAAAUUAAGGGAAGACCCAAUAUGGAUCAGAAUAAGUUGAGACGAGCGAUAAGGCAAUAUUAUAAAUCUGGUGUCAUGAAGAAGGUAAAAGGACAAAAAGGUGGAUACAAGUUUGGGAAUUUACCAUACAAUCCAUUUAAUAGUGAACAUCAACAACAACAACACCCUAAUAAACAACAGAAACAACAAGAACAAGAACAGUUAACAAGAACAUCUCAACAUAACAGUCAAUAUAGUGUGCAAUGCACAACAUCCAUGCAAUCUCAAGCAAGAAAUGAUUUGUGCUUCGAUAACUUCAAUUAUUUUCUUGGUGACUCAAUUACAGGAGAAAACGUAGUCUCACCAGACUGCCCAAUGGACAUUUGUCAUUCUGAUCAAUAUCUGACAGAUUCUGAAUCCGAGGCUAGCUUCGAGAGUUGGACAGACAAGGAAAAUAUAGACGUUUCAGUUUGGGCCAUUGAGACUACUAAUGAAAAAGGCAACUUAGAUAUGCUAACUGAUAAAAUCAGGCUAGAUUAUUUUAUUUAAUUGUAUGUUAAUGCUAUUUAUUGAGUCUAAAUAUCGGUUAUA